AUGGCAUUAGUUGAUAGAGUGCAGAAUGUCUGCGUUUCUCUAACGACUUCGAUGAUUUUACUUCGGAUGUGUCAUAUGUGUUAUUCGUUGCAGCGUAUAAGAAAGCUUUUGCUUCUGUUUGGAGAAAAGAUUUGGAUCAGACAACAAUCAUAUCCCUUCAUAUAUCAACAAUGUAUUACACGAAUGAAACCUGCUCUGUACAUGGGUCUUUGUCUUUUCUCGAUGGCUCUGGCGUAUUUAUUCAUACCGAUCGGGUUCUUUAUUUCUACGGGUCAAACUUUGGAGUCUCCUGAUAAGCGUUUUGCCUACCUUGUGUCGUUACCGUAUGAUGCACAAAAGCCCUUAAAUUAUAUUCUCACAAGUAUCGGAAUCUUCGUUUUUGCAUUAAUGGCUGCUACCCAAUCCUAUGCCAGAGAUGCAAUGCUAUCAUUUUUUGUUAGUUUUCUAUGUGGACAGUAUGAGGUCUUACAUGGACGUAUUGAUCGCCUAAUACCAGAAUGUCAUGCAAAAUGGUUAAGAGAACGUGUUGACAGAAAUGCAACAAUUGGAAGAAAUCUAAAACAAUUACAGGAUUUGUAUGAAGAACGUUUACAGCAGCUUAUUAUUCAUCACAAUCAUCUUAUCAGGUUUGGCGAAGAAUUGAAUUCGUUCUUUUCUUUCCCUUUAUUCGUCAAUUUGUCAACAGCCACAUUGCAAAUUGGAUUUGGAGUAUUUCAAUUUUUAAUAAGUGGGAAAGACUCAUAUGGCGAUUUUGCACGGUUCCUUUUGUAUGUGCUAGCAGUUACAGGACAACUAUUUGUUAUCUGCAACCUUGGCAAUACUUUAAUAUUUCGGUCUCAAGAAACUGCUGAACAUUUGUUUAAUUGCAAUUGGGAAGGUGGGCGUAUAUCUAGAUAUGCAAUGAUUUUCAAGCAAUCCGAUAACGAAGAAUUUAAUGCCCUUAACGAAGCAUUUCCCAUGUGGCCGUAUAUUCGAUAUAAUCCAUCCGGAAAAAGGUUUCAGCAAAAACUAAAUUUUAUGAUAAUGCGUUGCCAACGCCCAGUGCGUUUGUCGGCAAUGAAUUAUGCAACGUUAUCAUUGGAAACUUUUGGCAGAAUCUUAUCAUCAUCGUUAUCGUAUUUUGCUUUGCUUAAAUCUUUCCUGGAUAAAUAAAAUUAAUUUGAUCUAAA